AGGGGAUGGCUCUUGUCUUCAUUGAACAUUGACCGGCUCAUACCUUGCUGUCUUCUUCUCACUUCUUCACCGAAGGGUAAUCCUGGUUAUCAGCGGCCACGUGCCGCCAUUUUCUAACCAUGGCGUUCCACGUCUCGAUUCCUAGGCCGAACUUGGCCGCUGUGACAUCGGACGUCUGGCCUUCUAUCUCGAAUUCAUUAAAUGCGCCCUGGAAGAAGUUCGAGAACUCCGCCUCCGGUCCUCAACCGCAACGCACUGCUCGGGAAACGAAUCCGAUUGGAUCCCCCCGACUCGCGUUACCGGAAUGCUUGACGAUGGUAUCUUCCGAGGCCCUCAAAUCGGCUAUUAUUCACAGGCCGAUGAACUCUGGGUUCGCCCGCUCUCUGCUCGGUGGGGCGACAUUCGGGAGUUCACCAUUUACUAUCAGCCGUCGUCUCGCCACACCCGCACCUCGUCUUUUCUCUACGCUGACCGCAAGUACCGCAAAUCCGAACCUCAUCCGCCACGCCCCGCAACUACACGGUCUGUCACGUCUGCAACAACAGCGCUACCUUUUUGGGGGUCCCUCCCAGGCCCUAUUGGCCCAGAGGGAGAAAACAGCGAACAACAACCCCAGCAGCGCAAACGCCCAAAAUGCAUUCUAUCAGGCUCUCCUACGUGCGAACCACCCUGCGAUCAUCCUCGAACGUUACAGGUCUGGGUACUUUGCUAGCAAUGCGGCUACUGAAGCGAUCUAUCACAAGGCAUUGCAACGGGUCAGCGGCGCAGACGGCUCAGUACCUUUCUUAGGCGGCAACCCACAGUCCGCUCCUGGUCAUUUCCAGCAACCACAACUCAGGGCCGAUCAACUACAAGCUAUUGGUCAGGCCGUCCUCUCUACGGGUUCUCAUGGUAAAGUACACGCGGUACCCAACCAGACCGGCACCGGAGCCAAAGAGGCACCUUUGCACGUUGUCGUGGAGGAGACCUUCACAGGUCAUCUCUUCCGCUGGCUCAGGUUUAUUAUCCUUUUGGUAGCCAUCACUUAUAUUGCUUACAUCGUUAUUGCACUUCUGUUUGAAACUUCCGGCCUGUUGAGGAACGUUAAAAACAGUCAGCCCAACGAAGCCCAGCCGGAACAUCAGACCGUGCGCUUCAGCGAUGUUCAUGGCUGUGACGAGGCUAAGGAUGAGCUGCAGGAGCUUGUUGAAUUUCUGGUAAACCCAGAACGGUUCAACUCGCUCGGUGGCAAGUUGCCGAAGGGUGUUCUCUUGGUUGGUCCUCCUGGUACUGGUAAAACUCUCCUCGCACGUGCUGUCGCAGGCGAGGCCGGUGUUCCGUUCUUCUUCAUGUCUGGCUCGGAAUUCGACGAAGUCUACGUUGGUGUCGGUGCCAAGCGUGUCCGGGAACUCUUCAAUUCGGCCCGUGCAAAAUCCCCUGCCAUCAUAUUCAUUGAUGAGCUGGAUGCUAUUGGUGCGAAAAGAAACGAUAGGGACGCUGCCUAUGUGAAGCAAACCCUAAACCAGUUGCUCACUGAACUCGAUGGAUUCUCACAGAGCAGUGGUGUCAUCAUCAUCGCAGCAACCAACUACCCUCAGCUGCUUGAUAAGGCUCUCACGCGUCCCGGUCGUUUCGAUCGGAAGGUGACCGUCGGGCUGCCAGACGUUCGCGGCCGCAUGGAAAUUCUCAAGCAUAAGAUGAAGAACGUACAGAUUGGCACAGAUGUUGAUGUGGCUGUUAUUGCCCGUGGCACUCCUGGGUUCUCCGGUGCUGACCUGGAGAACCUGGUCAACCAGGCCGCUAUAUAUGCUAGCAGGAACAAGAAGGCCAAGGUCGGCCCCAAGGACUUUGACUAUGCUAAGGACAAGAUUAUGAUGGGAGCAGAGGCUCGCAGUCGCGUCAUUCAAGACAAGGACAAGCUUCUUACUGCUUAUCACGAAGCGGGUCAUGCUCUCGUCGCCUACUUCUCGGAAUCUUCCAUGCCUCUUUAUAAGAUCACCAUUGUUCCCCGGGGUAUGGCGCUGGGUAUUACGCACUUCUUGCCUGAGAUGGAUAUGGUGUCCAAGAACUACACCCAGUAUCUGUCUGAUAUAGAUGUGUCCAUGGGUGGUAAGGCUGCCGAGGAGCUCGUCUUCGGUCCCGACAAAGUCACCAGCGGGAUCUCACACGAUAUCCAAUCGGCUACUGAAACUGCCUUCACCCUCGUCACCCGAUUUGGCUACUCUAAGAAACUCGGAAAUGUCGACUUGGGCUCCAACUAUAGCAGCCUGUCGUCCGAAACCAAGCAAGAAAUUGAAGCCGAAGUCCGACGUAUCGUCGAGGAGGCUCGCGUCCGCGCCACCAACAUCUUGACUGAGAAGCGCAACGAGCUUGAGCUGCUGACCAAGGCUCUGAUCGAGUACGAAACAUUGACCAAGGAGGAGAUGGAGAAGGUUCUUCGGGGAGAAAAGCUCGAGAAGUUAGAAUCGUCCGCAGCCGCGCCCCUUAAGUUGCCCGAUGUUUUCUCUACAGGAAACUUGACGUCGCCACAGACGACCGAUACGUCGUCCGCUGCCAAUUCCGCUGAGGAAUAAGUGCAAGUACUACUUCAACUCUUCUCCCUUGACCUAUAAAAUUCCUUUUUCUCUUCCCACGACUCCGCUCUCCAAACCUCAUGUCUCUUUAUUCCUCCUUCAUCAUGCCCCAUGUUCCGUCAAAUUUGGCCUACCACG